UUCCUCAGACUCCUCGUACCGUCAUGAUCAUGGCUGUAGGCUCGUCAGAUAAGAGCUGUUCCCACCGGUAGUAUCUCGUGCACUUCUUUUGACCCGAGGCGUGCCUGCUGCCUUCGUAGGCUGGGAGCCCGCCCGCAGGGCUUCGCGGUGGUGUUGCGUGGCGGUGGAUAUGAUAGCUUCGUGGGCUUACAAGGAUCAAUUCAACUCCCCAUCUGCUGGCGGCCAGCAAGUGUCAGCCAUGGCAUCGAGACACCCCAACGAGGCGGGCGACGCUACAGCGACCGAGGCGGUGCCCGGGUUCUUCUCCUCGGACCUGCGACGGCACGAGGACCUUAAGAACAUGCUAGACAGCAGCAAAGACGGCCUCAAGCUGGAGGCCAUGAAGCGCAUCAUCGGCAUGAUCGCCAAGGGUAAAGACGCAUCCGAGCUGUUCCCGGCCGUGGUUAAGAACGUUGUCUCGAAGAACCUCGAAGUGAAAAAGCUCGUCUACGUCUACUUGGUGCGCUACGCGGAGGAGCAGCAGGACUUGGCGCUACUUUCCAUCUCAACGUUCCAGCGGGCGUUGCGCGACCCCAACCAGCUGAUCCGGGCGAGCGCCCUACGCGUGCUGUCCAGCAUCCGCGUGCCCGUUAUCGUUCCCAUCAUGAUGCUGGCCAUCAAGGACGCCGUCAGCGACAUGUCGCCGUACGUGCGCAAGACGGCGGCGCACGCCAUCCCCAAGCUGUACCGCCUCGAUCCCGACCAGAAGGAGCAGCUGGUCGAAGUGAUCGAGAAGCUGCUCGCCGACAAGACGACGCUGGUGGUGGGCAGCGCCGUCAUGGCCUUCGACGAAGUGUGCCCCGAGCGCAUCGACCUGGUGCAUCGCAACUACCGCAAGCUGUGCAACCUGCUUGUCGACGUCGAGGAGUGGGGGCAGGUCGAGAUCAUCCUGAUGCUGACGCGCUACGCGAGGACGCAGUUCGUCGACCCCAACGCUUCCUCAUCUGCCGCAGGGCCCGACGACGACGCCGGCCGGUCGGUGGUGGACGACGAGGACGACCGCGGUACCGCCAUCGACCCAGACUUGCGCCUUCUGCUGCGCAACUGCAAGCCUUUGCUCCAGAGCCGCAACUCGGCCGUCGUGAUGGCGGUGGCGCAGCUCUACUACCACCUGGCGCCGCGCGCUGAGGUAGCGCUAGUGGUGAAGUCUUUGAUUCGUCUCCUGAGGAGCCACCGCGAGAUCCAGACGGUCGUUCUGAGCAAUGUGGCCACAAUGUCCACUCGGUGUCGCGGCUUGUUUGAGCCGUUCUUGCGGAGCUUCUUUGUGCGGUCCAGUGACCCUACGCACAUCAAGUUGCUUAAGCUGGAAGUUCUUACCAAUCUGGCUGGCGAGACCAAUGUACCAGUGAUAUUGCGCGAGUUUCAGACCUAUGUGGCGAGUUCCGACACCGAGUUUGUGGCGGCGACUAUCCAGUCUAUUGGACGCUGUGCCAGCACCAUCCCCGAGGUGGCCGACACCUGCCUGAACGGAUUGGUGGCGCUUCUCUCUAACAGGAACGAAGCUGUUGUUGCCGAAAGUGUGGUCGUUAUUAAAAAGUUACUUCAGAUGAAGCCUUCCGAGCACCGGGACAUAAUUGGCCACAUGGCUAAGCUCAUGGAUAACAUUACGGUCCCCAUGGCACGAGCCUCUAUCCUGUGGCUUCUGGGAGAGUAUGCAGACCGUGUGCCCAAGAUUGCACCCGACGUGCUUCGGAAGGUGGCCAAAACGUUCAUUCAAGAAGAAGACAUUGUGAAAUUGCAGACACUCAACCUCGCUUCGAAGCUGUACCUGACCAACUCGAAGCAGACAAAGCUUAUCACGCAGUAUGUGUUUAGCCUCGCAAAGUACGACCCAAACUAUGACAUCAGAGACCGAGUGCGCUUUCUGCGUCAGUUAGUCAUGCCUCAAGGCGACACUGGCGGAGUGCUCCACAAGCAUGCCAAGAAGUUUCUGCUUGCAUCCAAGCCAGCGCCUGUGCUGCAAUCAAAGUUUGAGGACAGAGACCAUUACCAGAUUGGUUCGCUCUCACACUUCAUUAAUGCCAAGGCAAAUGGCUAUCAGGAGCUCCCAGAGUUUCCAGAAGUGGCUCCAGACGCAUCGGUGCGCAAUGUGGAAGUUCCCUCGGUUUGGCAGGAGACCAAAUCUUCCAAGAAGAAGAAGCAGGUUGUCAAGAAGAAAUCCUUUUACUCAGAGACCGACUCGAGUCAUUCGGCAGACGAGUCAAGUUCGGGUUCUAGCGAUGGGUCGUCAGACGAGGCGACAGCUUCCGGAAGUGAAACCGAAUCGGACGAUUCCGAGGAGAGCGGAGUUGGUGAGAGCUCAGAUGAGUCUGCAUCUGGUGGCAGUCACGUCAAUGGUGCUGCAAACGCCAAGAGUGCAGAAAAUUCAAGCACUAGUUCAAGCAGUGAAAGCGAGGAGUCGGAUGCGUCCACUUCGAGCAGCGAAGCUCCAGUGGCAAAGCCAAAAAAGCCGCCUGCAUCGAGGAGCAACCUCGACCUUCUCCUGGACCUGGAUGACAUGAGCACCGUGCCCGUUGCUGCCACCUUGCAGCCGAUGAAUGCCCUCACGAUUACACCUGCAACGGUGGUGGGACGAACAGAGGCACCUCGUUUCAUUGCAGUGUCGACACCCGCUCAUGUGCCAACCGAGUGGAGGGAGCUCCUCAACAAGGUGUCGGGAGCCGGCCUCGCCAUCAACUACAGGUUCACCCGGACACCACACCUCUUCUCACCCAAAAUGGCUUCCGUUGAGGUGACACUGGCUAACCACGGUGACGAAGACCUGUCGGGUGUGCACAUUUCCGACCGCCUCGGCCCCGGCGUCUCGGAGGUUCGAGGCAUUGCACCCGAACCCUUGGCACUCGGUGCCACACGCCGCGCCACCUUGGGCAUUGAUUUUGGCGACAGUACGCAGCCGGUGACCUUGGAGGUAGUUAUAGAAAACGGUGCACGACACACGCUGACAUUUCAGCCGCCUGUUGGUGAAAUGCUGCGCCCAGUGCGUAUCAACCGUGACGAGUUUCUUGCCCAGCAGGGAAAACUGCGAGGCAUGAAUGAACACAGUUGCAGUCUGGAAAAAGUGCCAGAGGCCGCGGAGGAAGUGCGACAGCGCAUUCAUCGUGCUGCAAAUGUACUGGCCGUUGAAGACGAACAGCCCGGAUGGGUGCGCUUUGCAGGCCAGACUUUGGCUUCGGGAUCUUUGGUGCUGGUCACUGUAUGCCUUGCGCAGGGUUCGGCGAAGGCCACUCUUACUGUGAACUGUGACAAGAUGGUUGUCGGCUCUAUGCUGAUGCGAGAGCUGCGCACAGCCCUGUCGUGAGUGCACUCACCUUGCUCUAGGUCAGGCGGAUGCAAUAGCUGCACUUUUUUACCGUAAAUUUUUGACGUGUUGAGAAUUUUUGGUUAUUGAGCGGGCAAGGCACGAGCUGAUCAAACACGAAUUGGCCUAUUUUGCUCACUAUGGGGUUCUGUGAUGUCUUGUAGCCUAAGAGUGCUUUCCAGUGGCCUUGGGUUUUGCUAUCCAUACCACUUCUAGCUAAAGGAAGAUUGCUUCACAGUGGUGCACAUGCCUGGAAGCUGUAACUGCUUGCGAAGUAUUCUGUCAUUGAAUUGGGAUUCGGAA